UUGUUCUUCAAUCAUGGCGGCCGCGGUGGCGUCCGGCUUCUGGCUCUGGGCUGCUGUGCUGCUCGUCCCUGCGGCCGCGGUCUACGAAGACCAAGUGGGCAAGUUUGACUGGAGACAGCAGUAUGUUGGGAAGAUCAAGUUUGCCUCCUUGGAGUUUUCCCCUGGAUCCAAGAAGUUGGUCGUGGCCACAGAGAAGAAUGUGAUUGCUGCGUUAAAUUCUAGGACUGGAGAGAUCUUGUGGCGCCAUGUUGACAAAGGCACAGCAGAAGGGGCUGUGGAUGCCAUGCUGGUCCAUGGACAAGAUGCAAUCACUGUAUCCAAUGGAGGGCGCCUCAUGCGUUCUUGGGAGACCAACAUCGGGGGCCUGAACUGGGAGAUAACUCUGGACAGUGGCAGUUUCCAGGCCCUUGGGCUGGUGGGCCUUCAGGAGUCAGUGAGGUACAUUGCGGUUCUGAAGAAGGCCACCCUCACCCUCCAUCACCUCUCCAGUGGGCACCUGAAGUGGGUGGAGCAUCUGCCAGAAAGUGACAGCAUCCUCUACCAGAUGGUGUAUUCCUAUGGUUCCGGGGUGGUCUGGGCCCUUGGCAUCGUUCCCUUCAGCCAUGUGAACAUCGUCAAGUUUAACGUGGAGGAUGGAGAGAUUGUUCAGCAGGUCAGGGUUUGGACUCCAUGGCUGCAGCACCUCACUGGGGCUUGUGGUGUGGUAGAUGAGGCUGUCCUGGUAUGCCCAGACCCCAGCUCACACUCACUGCACACGUUGGCCCUGGAGACGGAGUGGGAACUGCGACAGAUCCCCCUGCAGUCUCCUGACUUAGAAUUUGGAAGUGGAUUCCAGCCUCAAGUGAUGCCCACACAACCCAGCCCAGUGGCUCCUUCUCGGGCUCAGUUCUUCCUGCAGUUGUCCCCGGGCCACUACGCUCUACUGCACUACCACCAUGGUGCCGUGACUCUGCUCAAGAACUUCCCCCAGGCCACGCUGGUCAGCUUUGCCACCACAGGGGAGAAGACAGUGGCUGCAGUCAUGACCUGUCGCACUGAAGUGCAAAAACCUGUCAGUGCUGGAGAUGGGUCUGUGGCGAGCUUUCCUGAGACUUCUGGUGCACAGGACUCUCUGGCUUGCUUCAACCAGACCUACACCAUUAACCUGUACUUAGUGGAGACAGGUCGGCGGCUACUAGACACUUCCAUUUCCUUCAGCCUGGAGCAGAAGGGCACUCGACCUGAGCAGCUGUACAUCCAGGUGUUCUUGAAGAAGGACGACUCGGUGGGCUACCGGGCCUUGGUGCAGACACAGGACCAUCUGCAGCUUUUCCUGCAGCAGCUUGCUGGGAAGGUGGUGUUGUGGAGCCGAGAGGAGUCUCUGGCGGAAGUUGUAUGCCUGGAGAUGGUGGAUCUCCCCCUGACUGGAGCACAGGCUGAGCUGGAAGGAGAAUUUGGCAAGAAGGCAGCGAUUCAAGAUGGCUUGCUGGGGAUGUUCCUGAAACGCCUGUCGUCCCAGCUCAUCCUGCUCCAGGCCUGGACUUCUCACCUCUGGAAAAUGUUCUACGAUGCUCGGAAGCCCCGAAGCCAGAUUAAGAAUGAGAUCAACAUUGACACAUUGGCUAGAGAUGAGUUCAACCUGCAGAAAAUGAUGGUGAUGGUAACAGCCUCAGGCAAGCUCUUUGGCAUCGAGAGCAGCUCUGGCACCAUUCUGUGGAAGCAGUAUCUGCCCAGUGUUAAGCCAGACUCCUCCUUUAAGCUGAUGGUGCAGAGGACUACUGCCCAUUUCCCCCACCCACCACAGUGCACGCUGCUGGUGAAGGACAAGGAAACAGGAAUGAGCUCUCUGUUUGUCUUCAACCCCAUUUUUGGCAAGUGGAGCCAGGUAGCUCCCCCAGUGCUGAAGCGCCCCAUAUUGCAGUCACUGCUUCUCCCAGUCAUGGAUCAAGACUAUGCCAAGGUGUUGCUGUUGGUGGAUGAUGAAUACAAGGUCACAGCUUUCCCAGCUACUCGGAAUGUCUUGCGACAGCUGCAUGAACUUGCCCCCUCCAUCUUCUUCUACUUGGUGGAUGCAGAACAGGGGCGCCUCAGUGGAUAUCGGCUUCGAAAGGAUCUCACUACAGAACUGAGUUGGGAGCUGACCAUUCCCCCAGAAGUGCAGCACGUAGUCAAGGUGAAGGGGAAGCGCAGCAGCGAGCACGUGCACUCCCAGGGCCGGGUGAUGGGGGAUCGAAGUGUGCUCUACAAGAGUCUGAACCCCAACUUGCUGGCUGUGGUGACAGAGAGCACGGAUGUCCACCACGAGCGCACCUUUAUUGGCAUCUUCCUCAUUGAUGGUGUCACUGGUCGCAUCAUCCACUCCUCCGUGCAGAAGAAGGCCAGGGGCCCUGUCCACCUUGUGCAUUCAGAGAACUGGGUGGUGUACCAGUACUGGAAUUCUAAGGCUCGGCGCAAUGAGCUGACAGCCCUGGAGCUCUAUGAGGGCACUGAGCAGUACAAUGCCACUGCCUUCAGCUCCCUAGACCGACCCCAGCUGCCUCAGGUCCUCCAGCAGUCCUACAUAUUCCCCUCUUCCAUCAGUGCCAUGGAAGCCACCAUCACUGAGAGGGGCAUCACCAGUCGGCACUUGCUCAUUGGGCUGCCUUCUGGAGCAAUCCUUUCCCUCCCCAAGGCCUUGCUGGAUCCCCGGCGCCCAGAGAUCCCAACAGAACAAAGCAGAGAAGAGAACCUGAUCCCAUAUUCUCCAGAUGUUCAGGUACAUGCAGAGCGAUUCAUCAACUAUAACCAGACAGUCUCUCGAAUGCGAGGCAUCUAUACAGCGCCCUCAGGCCUGGAGUCCACUUGUUUGGUUGUGGCCUAUGGUUUGGAUAUUUACCAAACUCGAGUUUACCCGUCCAAGCAGUUUGAUGUCCUGAAAGAUGACUACGACUAUGUGCUCAUCAGCAGUGUCCUUUUUGGCCUGGUUUUUGCCACCAUGAUCACAAAGAGGCUGGCACAGGUGAAACUCCUCAAUCGAGCCUGGCGGUAAAAUGGGAGCACCCUGCCAGAGUGGAGCCUCUGGAAGAGGGACAGCUAAGGAACUAUGGCCAUGGACUGUUGGAUCGCUGAGGUUGGGCUGGGUUCUUGUCUCACUUAAGUCUGGGAGAAGAAGAUGCACCUUCAUGGAGAAGUGCUUCAGGAAUACGGUGACGAGUAGUCCUUGUGGUCAGAUACCCACUUCAGCAUGGAGGAGCUCUGUGCAUCUGAUCCACUCCUCUGUUCCCUUUAUGUGCUCAUCCAUGGAUGCUGUGGGCUUUUGUUUUUUUUCCCUUUCCUGAGACCUCUGGUUUCUUUCUUCUGAGACUGUUUAAAUUGACCUUAGUUAGCCUCUGUGUUUCCAGUCUGUAUUUCCAUAGAAAUACUCUGACACCUUAUUGUCUGCCUCUUGCUUUCAAGCCUGAUGGGCCAGCUCUGGCUUUAAGGUGUGUGUGGUUGCCUAACUGAUGGGGUGGAUGCAGGAGCCAUUCUUAGCCAAGGUCUGAGGACUUCUCUCUGAAGAGAAGUUGAGGAUCCAUACAUGGAGUGAGAACUAAUUUUUUUU